UACAUUGAAUUGCACCCAUAAAAUAUAACAAAUCAAAGGGGGAAAACUAGGAAAAACAAGACAAUGGUAACAUCUUCUUCUUCUUCUUCUUUGGGUUCAACACUAGUCUUAUGCCUAAUUGUUUCUUCCUUAAUGACACCAAGCACAAGUAACCCCUUAUCCCAAGUGUGCAUCAAAUCCAAGAAUCCAAGGUUUUGCUUGCAAGUUUUUGGCCUAAAUCCUCAUAGGAGUCCUUAUGAGUUGACACAAGAGGCCAUCGACUUAGCACUGAAAAACGCCUCCGAGACAACAAAAAAGAUUCACACCUUUCUCGAUCAGACAAAAAAUGAUAACAAGAAAGUGAUAUAUUAUUUAUGUUUGAAUUAUUACCAAUCUGCCAAUGAUGUUUUAAGAGAGGCAGAGGAGUACUAUUUGAAGGAAGGUCCAUAUAGUAACAUUAACGCAGCAGGAAAAUUAGUCCAGGAAGCUAGUUUUCAUUGCGAGAAUGAAUUUCAAAAAAUAGUAGGUUAUGUUGAUGUCUCUACUCUUACAAAGGACAAUGAGAACUUGGGAAUUUUUGGUAGUAUAAUUGUGGCUGCAGCAGACCUUCUAUCUAAUUCGACAUCGGCAAAAAAGUAGUACGUGAUAAAAGUCAUGUAUUAGGGAAAGAAUUCCAAUAAUGGAAAAACGAUUUGUUACUUUAGUUUUUCCAUAAAUUUCAUGGAGAAUUUUUA